AGAACUGUCCACGUAGCCUGUGCGCAUGCACAGUUUGGGGACCCCGACCCAUCGAAGACGGUCGCUGUGAAGUGAGAGGUUCACUGCGGAGGGAUGUGCAAAGUCCCUGCUCUGGCUUCUACCCCCUCAACGACUUCGCAGGACAGCGGGGGUUUACUCCGUCCUGCGCGUGAUUCUGGAAGCCGUGCCCUUCCUCCUCUUUGGGGUGGGGCUUCCUCACCGUCAGACAUAGGCCGAGGCCUAUCGCCUCAGUACUGGAGUGCAGAGCUCAAUUCUAGCCACAUUGUCUUCUCCACAGCCUGCGCUCACUGCCAAGGGGGCGAAGAUGGCUUCCUAUGUCCUCCUGCACACUGGACAGAAGAUGCCUCUGAUUGGUCUGGGGACAUGGAAGAGUAACCCUGGCCAGGUGAAAGCAGCCAUUAAAUAUGCCCUUAGUGUAGGUUACCGCCACAUUGAUUGUGCUGCUGUCUAUGGCAACGAGACUGAAAUUGGGGAGGCCCUGAAGGAAAAUGUGGGACCAGGCAAGGCAGUGCCUCGAGAGGAACUGUUUGUGACAUCCAAGCUGUGGAACACUAAGCACCACCCUGAGGAUGUAGAAGCUGCCCUCCGGAAGACACUGGCUGAUCUCCAAUUGGAAUAUCUGGACCUCUAUUUGAUGCACUGGCCUUAUGCCUUCGAGAGGGGAGAUAAUCCCUUUCCCAAGAAUGCCGAUGGAACCAUCCGAUAUGACUCUACUCACUAUAAGGAGACCUGGAAGGCUCUGGAAGCACUGGUGGCAAAGGGGCUUGUAAAAGCCUUGGGCUUGUCCAACUUCAACAGUCGGCAGAUUGAUGAUAUUCUCAGUGUGGCCUCUGUGCGCCCAGCUGUCCUGCAGGUGGAAUGCCAUCCAUACCUGGCUCAAAAUGAGCUCAUUGCUCAUUGUCAAGCACGAGGCUUGGAGGUGACUGCUUAUAGCCCCUUGGGUUCUUCUGAUCGUGCUUGGCGCCAUCCUGAUGAGCCAGUCCUUCUUGAGGAACCAGUGGUCUUGGCGCUAGCUGAAAAGCAUGGCCGAUCUCCAGCUCAGAUCUUGCUCAGAUGGCAGGUUCAGCGGAAAGUAAUCUGUAUCCCUAAAAGCAUCACUCCUUCUCGCAUCCUUCAGAACAUUCAGGUGUUUGAUUUCACCUUUAGCCCAGAGGAAAUGAAGCAAUUAGAUGCUCUGAACAAAAAUUGGCGGUAUAUUGUGCCCAUGAUUACGGCAGAUUUUAAACUUCAUUCUCCAUUCUCUUGCCUCAUCCUACCAAGUUCUGGGCUACAUCAAGCUCUUCUCCAAUGGUCUCGUUCUCUUGAAGUUGGGGCAAAUUAGUAUGUCUCAGGUGUAAUGUACAUAACCUGUGGAUGGGAAGAGUGUUCCCAGAGAUGCUGGACACCCUCUGUAUCCCUUUAAUGACCCCUACUGAGGCCAUAGUUUCUCAGCUUCCCUUUCAGCUCUCCUGCUAAGUGUGUUGCCUGCUACCCCUAGAAAAAGAAGCCAAUAAAGCCAUUAAAGUAUAA